CUUCCAAGAUGCAAAUUUAUCGACCAUCAUCCUUCCUACGUAGCUGCACACGCUUGUCCUCUUUCGUGUAAAAAAUCCAGAAAAAAUUAACCCUCGUGCCUUAAACGUCAACUUCAGCUCACGUGGCUCUCCUCACUUAAAGGACUCAAAUAUCCAAAUUUUCGUUAGGCUCUUCCAUGUCCAAAGCUUCACAUCUCUCUCUCUCUCUCUCUCUCGCUAUUAAACAGUGACGAUGUCGUUUUUAAACCGUGUUUGGAGAGCGAGAGCCUCGUCAUCAGCCGAGACAUUGAUAUUCAUAUCGCGAACUUUCACUGCUUCUUCUUCCGGAAUUGACCUUCAUCCAGGUGCGUCUUUUUCUACCAAGCUUCCCUCUCUUCCUAAAGUCCCCAAGGACAGAAAUGUCAAAUGGGUUUUUCUCGGUUGCCCCGGCGUUGGGAAAGGUACUUACGCUUCCAGGCUCUCCAAUUUGUUGGGAGUCCCUCACAUCGCCACUGGUGAUCUCGUCCGUGAUGAGCUUGCUUCGUCGGGUCCGCUUGCCUCUCAGCUUGCAGAAAUUGUUAAUCGUGGGAAAUUAGUUUCAGAUGAAAUAAUAAUAAAUUUAUUGUCAAAGCGUUUGGAAGCUGGAGAAGCUAAGGGUGAAUCCGGAUUUAUUCUUGAUGGUUUUCCUCGAACUAUAAGACAGGCGGAAAUAUUAGAGAAAGUGACAGACAUUGACUUGGUGGUGAACCUGAAGCUGCGGGAAGAAGCGUUGGUUGCCAAAUGCCUUGGAAGAAGAAUUUGUAGUGAGUGUGGGGGAAACUACAAUGUUGCUUGCAUUGACAUCAAAGGUGAAAAUGGCAGCCCUGGAUUGUACAUGGCUCCACUUCUUCCCCCUCCACAUUGUGCAACAAAGCUUAUUACCCGACCUGAUGACACUGAAGAAGUUGUCAAGGAAAGACUUCGUAUAUAUAAUGAGAUGCUGCCUGCCCUUGUUCUGGAGUUUAAGGUCCUUAAGGAGACUCAGCCAGUGGAGGAGUUUUACCGCAGCCGUGGGAAGUUGCUAGAGUUCAAUCUUCCAGGUGGUAUCCCAGAAUCAUGGCCAAAGCUGCUUCAAGCCCUGAAUCUUGAAGACCACGAUGAUAAACAAUCUGCAACAGCAUGAGUUUUUAGAAUCCUGUAUUAUAUUUAUAAGGUAAAUUAGAUCAUUCUUUGCAUGUGUAGGAAGUGCAUGCAUAUUAUUUUUACAACUUAAAGAAGCAAAUGACCGUUUAUUUGCCGUGAGUAAAAGACGACUAAGAUAAUACUAGUUAUAGUACCCCUUUUGGGGUCUGGAGAUAUUUAUGAUUGUUGUGGUGUCUGAGAGGAAGAUUGUGUCCCGUUAUUAUUAAUGAUAUUUAGCCAAUAGAUGAUCUAGUUUAUAGUUGUUAGUUGUGAUUCAA